CUAUGGUCGAAUAUGACUGUGGCCCCAUAAUAAACAAAAGUAAUUUUUGAUGCACAAAGUACGUUAGACGGACGUAUUAUUCAAUACGAUUACCAAAUGAGAUCUGGUAGCUGAAUACAACCCUAAUCCAGUUAACGACACACCAUGCAGUCUCUAAGAAGGCUAGGAACAUCUUCCGUGCUUCGGACUAUACUCAGAAUACAAGACAUUCUACCGUCUUGUCAGGCAGUGCAUAUACUUGAUCCUUCCAUUGCAUACGAGAUUACAAACAGAUCCUUUCAUAGUCCCAGCUGCCUGUAUAAUGGCCAACCUGCUGUAGCUUUGAGACACAGAAAACCCAAAGCACAGGGGGCCACAAGUCAAUAUUUUAUAGACAUGAAACAGGUCACAGUAAUAGCUGGCAACGGAGGAGAUGGCAAUAUUUCUUUUUUGCGUCUUUGGGCUAAUGAAUUUGCUGGGCCAGAUGGUGGUGAUGGAGGUAGCGGAGGUCACGUUAUUUUUCAAGUAAUUUUCUUAUUUCACAAAGGAUCAAAUUUUUCAAAUACCGAAUUAUCAGUCUGGUCGAUUUAUCUCUUGACACUAGGCAAAUAUAUAUCUUUUCAGGCUUCUACAGAUGUGAACAACUUAAGUCAUGUAAAAACUAUUGUAUCUGCGCCUCAUGGUGAGAAAGGACAGAACAAAGACUGUUUUGGCAAGAACGCUGACAAUUUUGUAAUCAAGGUUCCUAUUGGAACAAUAGUGCGUUCUUUAGAUGGAAAAAUCGUAGCCGAUCUGGGCAACGUUGGAAUGAUGUUUAUAGCAGCUAGAGGUGGUGCAGGAGGGCAUGGGAAUGCUUUCUUUAAAUCUGACAUUGAACAAUCACCAAAGAUUUGUGAAUAUGGAGCUAAGGGGGAAAGCUUUCAGUAUUUACUAGAGUUGAGAAGCAUGGCCAAUAUCGGAUUGAUUGGCUUACCAAAUGCUGGAAAAAGUACACUACUUCGUGCUAUAUCAAGAGCUAGACCAAAAGUUGCGCCUUAUCCGUUUACAACAUUGAAACCCCAUGUCGGAAUGGUGCAGUAUAAUGAUUAUGAACAAGUUGCUGUCGCAGACUUGCCAGGACUCAUAGCAGAUUCGCAUAAAAAUAGAGGAUUGGGUAUAACGUUUUUGAAACACGCUGAGCGAUGUGCAGCUUUAUUGAUUGUUUUGGAUAUGUCAGUGGAAGAGCCUUGGGAAGAUUUAGAACUUUUAAAGUAUGAGCUUCGACAGUUUAGCAAGGAAUUAGCUGAUAGACCAGUGGUUGUCAUAGCCAAUAAAAUGGAUCUACCUGAAGCUCGGGAAAACCUAAACGUGCUUAAAGAAAAGACUAAGCUUCAAAUCGUUCCAAUAUCCGCAAAAAUGGGUCAAAAUCUCUCAACACUAGUAGCAGAGAUGAGGAUGUUAUACAACAAUGAACUAGGGAAAGAUUUUUACGGACAAGAUAAAAAUAAACGAGACGAAGAUGAAAUAGUGUAAAAAAUUUGUAACGUUGGAUGGUGUUUAAUAAACAUUUUAUUGUAAGUUCACAACUCUUUGACAAAUUUCAUCAGAUUGCACUAUCGGUAAUCCUUACUCACCGAUGAAAUGUCUUUUCAACAAUAUAACAUAUAUUUCCAUAAUAC